UUAAAGUCGUCUUUGCUUAACAAUUCAGUUGUAAUUUAAAUCGUUAUUUAAUAUUGCCAGUAAUACUAGAAUACCUAGGUAUUCUAGUAUUUAGUACUUAUCAUUUAGGAAGCUAGGUUUUCUAGAUUUAACUAUUAUUGUGCAUUAUGGUUUCUAUAAUCGUGAUUACGUAAUUUAUAGUUUAAUAAACGUGCAUAUGAUUUUGAUAAUGUGUAAAUAAAUAUUAUACCUGCACAAUGGUUUUCCUUAUUCUAAAUUAACAUUAAUUAAGUAUCCCUUAUUUGAUUUUACUGUCAAAUGACAUCUUGGCGUAAGUAGUUGAGAAAUAAUUGCGCUUUAGGCUUUUGCUAUUAAUAAAUAGUAGGAGUAGCAGUUUUGAAAUAAAUAUGACUCGCUCAGGGCUUUGAGUAUUAUUUCAUUAUUAACAAUUGUUUAACAUUUUCAGAAGUGGGAUAUGGAUUCACAUAAUAGGAGCAGGUCCCGUAGCCCGGUGCGGUGGGACAACACGCGACUGGAACGACGAGAACGCAGCAGCAGCAGCCGCAGGCGCAGCCGUGAGCGUACACCGAGGCGUUGGGCUCCUUGGCGGCCGCGAGAAUCUGUGGAUCGCGAGCCACCUGCUGCGCUGGAUGAACCUGGUAGGAUCAAUCCAAAUUAUUAUGGUGUUAUGGUGAAACCUGACAUUAUCCCGGAGUUUGAUCCUGAGAAAUCGGAGCUACCAGCGCAACAAUGGCUCAACAAAAUUGAACAACUGGGCGCAAUUCACGGUUGGUCUGAUAGUGUUAAAAGCUAUUAUAUGCAGUCACGCCUGUCGGGUUUAGCAAAGAUGUGGCAUAAUGCUUUACGGAGCUACGAAAUGUCAUGGUUUGAAUGGAAGGAGCGAAUUCUUGAAGCUUUUCCUCAAAACAUGGAUUAUGCGGAAGCUCUUAAGGAAAUGAUCUAUAGAAAGAAAUUGUUUGGUGAGACAAUGACACACUAUUUUUACUCUAAAUGUAGCAUGUUAACUAAAUGCGAAAUCACUGGUGAUAAGGCUGUGUCUUGUUUGAUCGAAGGGCUACCAUUUCACUUAAAGACCUCGGCAAGAGCAGGUAACUACAGAACCCCUGGUGAGUUAUAUUCUCAGUUCUUGUGCAUGAACGAUGAGAAAAAGGGACCUCCAAACCGACAAUAUUCAACGCGUGGCAGAGAUUUUAACGCUCCUGGUACAUCAAAGGAAGUGAUCGCAGGAGAACAGAAGUCUACAUCAUCAUCAAACAAACCUUCUGUAACCUGUUUUUUAUGCAAGGAAGCAGGUCACGUCGUGCGGUCGUGUCCGAAGAAUCCCAACGCUGUUAAAUGUGACGUUUGUGGGAAGACGAACCACAAGACAGAGCAGUGUUUCCGGAAGGCUUCGGUGAACCUUGUUGACUCCCAGAGUCGCAAAGUCGUCAGGAUGGACGAGUGUCAAUAACGGCCAUAGAAGUCUCUCGAGCAGCAAAUAGAUGGCACAACGGUUGCGUCGAUGGAGCAACGUCACUGCCAUCAACACGUCACACCACUUCGUUUCUAUCAUGGCCGCAAGAGGGCACUCGCUCGUCGCAACUAUGGCGCCAGCAUUCCUACCAAACGGACCAAUCAGCGACGUUCGUACCAAUCACGCCACUGGAACCUCGCAACGUGAUUAGCCGAGGCAACUGUAACCAGAUUAUUGGAGGGGAGUUCGUUAUCCAGCCGUUUGAAAAUUUAGACCGACGCGGCCAUUACGCUUGGAACUUUGGUAGCGAAAACAACUGUAAAUUGGUUGUUGGGAUAGUGCUAAAAGAUAAGUACUAGAUUUAGUAAUUGCCUGCUAUUACCUGUGUUUUUGGUAGAUUUAGCUGUUUGUUGAUUUUACAAUUAGUGUCUAACGGCUUUUGGUUGCUUUCUUCAUUGUAUUUAAAUAGCGGUCGCGUUUGUGGUUAAUAUCAAGCUUUAAUUUAAAU